CUUGGGUAAUAAGAAAAUCUUUGCCACAUGGAGCAGAACUCAUAGUGUGUCACAUCAAUAUGAUCAAUCUACAGACGCGCACAGACUGGAGAGACGGGGAAGCUUAGACAGGUACUGUAGCUCGCCGCAAUCCACCACCACGGCGUCUACACCUAUGUCGCCGCACGUUACAUCAUCGUCAUUUAAAUACUUUCUGAUCCCGCUACUCAUCCUGGCCGCUUCACUUUUCCCCCUCCCCACUUUCGUGUCCCGCAGCGCAACGCGUCUGUUCCAGUUGACCCAACACUUCUACCCCUCCUCCCCCACUAUCCUCCACCGCAGUCCGAAUUUCUCAACCAACAGAUCAAUUGCGACAAUGGCUUACGACAAGGAACUCGAGGUUGCGCUCCUUGCCGUUCAGCGUGCCACUCUUCUCACCAAAUCCGUUUUCUCGUCACACUCCAAAGGCACGUUGACCAAGUCGGAUGCGUCUCCAGUGACGAUUGGCGAUUUCGGCGCCCAAGCCCUCAUCAUCUCGUCCAUAAAGCACGCCUUCCCGGAAGACGAGGUUGUAGGAGAGGAAGAUGCCGACGACCUGCGCAAAGAUUCGUCUCUGCGGGAGCUGGUUUGGGAAUUGGUACAAGCCGCGAAGCUUGAGGACUCUGCUGCCGAGGACAAGAUUGGAGGACCCAUUGCGAGCAGUGAUGCUAUGUUGGAUGCAUUGGACAAAGGUAACAGCGCUGGAGGCAGGAAAGGCAGAAUUUGGGCUCUCGAUCCCAUCGACGGAACCAAGGGAUUUCUACGUGGCGGCCAAUAUGCCGUCUGUUUAGCCCUCAUGGUGGACGGCGUGCCCACUGUUGGCGUACUCGGCUGUCCCAACCUGCCCGUCGAUGAUAAGGCGCCACUUGACGCAUCAAUUGGCGCUGAUGCUGAUUCGGGCGAGGGCAAAGGCGUGCUGUUCAGCGCAGUCAAGGGCCAGGGCGCAGCGAGCCGCCCGCUCGGCAAAGGCGCCCUACAAACCUCCAACCCCAUCUCCAUGAAGUCCAUCACCAACAUGAGUGACGCCACUUUCUGCGAGAGUGUUGAGUCUGGCCACUCCAACCACGGCGACCAAGCCAACAUCGCAUCUAAGCUCGGCAUCACGAAGCCCAGCGUGCGCAUGGAUUCGCAAGCCAAGUACGCUUCGAUUGCUCGUGGGGCAGGAGAUGUGUAUUUGAGGUUGCCGUUCGCGAAGAAGUAUGAGGAGAAGAUUUGGGAUCAUGCUGCCGGUGUUGUGAUUGUGCAGGAAGCCGGGGGAGAAGUGACAGAUGCUUGGGGCAAGCCAUUGGACUUCGGCAUUGGAAGGACGCUGAAGGAGAACAAUGGCAUCGUGGGUGCGCCGAAGGCUCUUCUGCCCCGAGUGCUUGAGGUCGUGAAGGAGGUACUCAGCGCAAAAGAGUAAGCAAUGGCGAAUGAUGCGAAAGUAAACGAAGAAAGAGGAAAGGAAAAAGGGCAUGACGAUUGUAGUACCAUCACAUAUUGAUUGACGUCUCCCCGGCCGCCAAUUGUAAAUCAACAGAACACCAAUCUUUCCAC